GGCAUUCGAUAGCGGUCUGUGUAUUUAUUAUAUAUUACAUUUUAAAAAUUGUGUGCACUUACGCAGUAGUGUUUGGAAUUGAGCAUGAAGCGCUUUGGCAUAUUGUCGUUACUGUUUUUCUCUUUAUUUUCCCCUAGUGUGAACAGCACAGCGUAAGUUACAGUGGUUCCCUCACUUCUCUAAUUAAUUAUGUUCUUGUUUAUUAUUAGCCAGCAUAAGUUGAUGAGCCGUGAGGGAGGUGGCUUCGCGUUUACUGUUGCCACAAGCACAGCUCACAUCUUUUAGUUGUGCGCCUGACGCGCGCUGGACCGCACAGUCCUUCUGUCCACGAGCGACUUCAGAGAGAACUACCGAGCGCACGCUUCAACUCAGCCGAGACCCAUUCCAGUUGCGCAUUUCAGCUUUAUUCGGUACUAAGCAGUACUUCAUAAAACACAUGGCAUGGUGACUGAGAGGAACGGAGGAAUUCUCUCUCUCGGCGUCUUCAGAGGAGAUUCAGCGUUGAAUGAAACUGUGCAAAAUUACCUGUCAAACGCGCAAAUGUGCGGAGUGUCGAGAAAGUAGAGCCGUUUAAUCGACUAUCAACAAACUUCUGUUGCUUUGACUGACAUUGGCAAGUCAUGGCAUCAGUGUCGUGGAGACACGCGCUUUUCUUCUUGCUAGUUGUGAAUCUGUCUGUGCUGGCGACAGCGUGCAGCAGUCACUAUGGAAAUGCCAUUGAGGAGUUCUGCCUGGUCAAGUUCAAGCUGGACAUGGAGGUUCUCGAUCAACGCCAGUGGUGUAGCUGGGAGGACACAGUUGAGUCCUAUGGAGAACUAACCAACUGCACAUUCCUGGUGGCUCUGAAGAUGAACUGUUUCUGGCCCAACCGAAUGGUGGACGAAUUCUUCAUCCGGGUGCACAGGCACUACUUCCAUGACUGCUCAAUGUCUGGACGGCUGCUUCAUGAUCCACCCAAUCGGAUCUUGGGUCCUUUUAUUGUGGUGCCCAUUCUGGUGACGCUACUCAUGACUGCUCUAGUGGUGUGGAGGAGUAAACGCAGCGAGGGAAUCGUAUAAUCGUCUACGAUAAACUAACCAAGUACCUCCACACUGAACAGUAGAGAAGGAGGCAUUUCACAGACUGCAAACACUAAGAAAGACUUGUUUCUCAUCGAGUGCUUGUAUAUCCAAACACUUAUAAUGAACGCUGUCACUGUGUUGUCUGCACACAGACAACAUACCAGUCAUUUAUACAGACAAAAACGUUCAACACUAUUUCUUUGAGGUAGUUUUCAACUAAAUGUUUUGUCAUGCCAGCAUUCUGUCAGUAAAACAGAUCUCCAAUCUGGAUGCAAGUCAUUAUCAUGAUGACGGAUAAGUUUCACCUUGGAUGGACACACACCAAACUAAAGGGAGGACACUGUUAUUCCCACGAGUUUGACAAACCUUUACCAUCAUGUGAACCUUGGACAUUGAACAAUCAUUUUGUGUCACCCAUCAACCACAUAAAUGUGCUUUGUGCCAAAUGAUGACACUCAUUCAGUCAGUCAUGAUUAGUAUUCUUUUGUUGAUUUAAGAAAGAAGAAUAAGAAAAGAAGAGGGCUACAACCACGAACAUGCCAAUAAUAUUUACAAUAUCAGUGAUGCCCAAAAUGAACAUCACCAUUGGAUAUUGUAAGACACUCAAAAAGCUGUACAAGAUUUAAAUGCUUUGUUCAGUAUCUAAAGUGAAUGUAUCUUUCAUAGACAAGUCAAUCCCACUAUGCAUUGCUACAAAAACAAAUAUCCAAAGUUUGGAGAGAUGUGAUAAAUUGAUACUUCUCAGUAUUGAAUGAAAUCAAUAAAAAUCUUAAAUUAAAAUAAAAAUUGACUAUUGGACAAAAUGUGUCGUGUACAUAGUGCAGACCAACAGCAACAGACGCCAACAGAGGUAACACACUGAUCUGACAAAACCAACUCGCCGUCUGUCAGUGCAGUGUGAAUUGGGCUAAAGACUGCAAAGUACUAUUUAACAUCCUCUGUUUUUUGAGAAAUCAGACAGAAUAGAAUGUCAUUAGCGACAAUGUGCUACAUGCAUUACAUUUAACCUUUUAUUUGCUUAAAAGUCAGAAGUGUUCGGUUCAGCGUUAUCACAAAAACCCACAAUUGGGUAACUCUGCCUAAGAGAUCAGGCAUCUACAGUAUAUGCUGCAGGCAAUAGACAGUCAGGUAGCUCAUCAGGUUCUGGAACUUUUGUACCAGCAGUGGCUAUCAGAUACUAUUAGAAGCACUGAACCAGAAAGAAUCACUGCAUUUAUUUGGUGUCUCUCAUUUCAUGGGCUCUCAUCAUAAGGUCAUGUCAAGGGAAAAUAUUUUCUUUCUGUAGCGGAGAAUGUAUGUAUUAGCACUAAAAGGAUGUUUUCAUUCACAUGAUUCUGCUAAUUGCUUUUUUAAAGCUAUAUAUGUGUAUCCCUGGAGCUCUGUACCCACAGUGAGUGGUUUAAAAGCCUGUGGCGAACUGGACAGUGGCACAGAGACAGUAGACAUUUCUAAUGUCAGCUGAAUUUCAAAGCAUCUGAUUUCUGUUGCAGUUAUAAUAAAGCCAUUUGCCCUUGACUCUUUUA